UUACAAAGCAUGGCAAUGUAAAAUACAAUACCAAAUGAAAUAUUUACAUUGAUUUAUUGUAUGUUAAACCUCGACCGAUAAAAAUUAAAUAUUUAUACCUGUAAUAGUUUACAAAAAUUGGAAAUCGAAAGAGGAAGUAAAUAAACAGUGAGGAGAUUGUUGUAUGGUGAUCAACUUCCUUUAAAGUAUGGAAGAACCUGAACAGGACUCUGUGGCUAGUCCUGGUAGCAGCUGUGAUAACGACAAAGACACUUUUCCAGAUGAACAAAGGAAUGCACAAAAGGGUAAAAAUGCAAACUCCUGGCAACGAAAAAACGAAAAGCUAAAGAAAAAAAUUGAAAGUGAGAAGAGGGAAUUACAAGAGGAGAUUAAUUCCCUUAAAAGCCAGCAGAAAUCUAUCAAAUGUGAGAAUGGUAAUCUAAGGAGCAGGUUACAGGAGGCAGAAAUUAUCAAAAAGUCUCUUCAAGAACAAGUGCAAGUCCUAAAUAGAAACAACCAAUCACUUACUGAACAAAAGGAUGAUUUAAUUUUAAGAUUAAGCAAACUUGCUGGCGCAAAACUUACAGUUGAUAAUCCAAAUAUCGCUGAUCUUAGUGACUGUAAACGCCCAACAAAACUUGCCGAGGAAUUCGCCGAGCUGUAUGACAAUGAAUGGACAGAUGCUUUUGAAAAUAUCCAACUUGAGUCUGAACCAGAGAAAAUAGAAUUCAUGCUUAGAUUGUUACAGAGUACCAGACAUAUAUGUAACGAUGUUUCAAGAAGACAUAUGGAGGAUAUAACGAAAGGUAUAGUUACCCUGACUGUCCGCACUAAGAAAUCGUCCGAGAAAUUAUCCUCAGAACAAAAUGCCAUAGAAUCCUGUAAUAAAAAUGAUAAGGCUGAAUCCGAAUGCAACGAAUCAGAAGACAAACGGAAAAGGCUGAAAGUGGAUGCCGUUGACUCUGACACUUUAGAGGAAUUUGUAGUUAUUGAACCUGGUGAACAUGGUGAAGUGAUGAACUGUGAAGAGCCUUCGAAAGAAAUAAGUGCACAUACUGGUUCACAGACGCCAAAGGUUAUUGAACCUGGUGAACAUGGUGAAGUGAUGAACUGUGAAGAGCCUUCGAAAGAAAUAAGUGCACAUGCUGGUUCACACACGCCAAAGGUGCAUAUUAUAGCCGGUGAUGUCAACACUUUUAGCGCUGCUCAAAAACAAGCUAUCUUAGAAAUAAAAAAGGAUGUGGAAGUACGCCUGUCCAAACAACUCCAAGAGGUAGUUACAAAUAUGGUGGCAAUAGAAAAUAAUAUUGACAGACAGACCCAAGAUAGCACCAUCAAAUACAUUGCAAAAUGUGUGGACAUUUGUUGGUCAAUGUGCCAGCAUGAACCACCUGUAUUUUUCGACCUUCCGGAGACAAAUGGCGAGACGUGCCUUGACGUCAAUGUGUACAAACCGUACACAAAAUCUGGAAAAUACAUAGAUUAUAUCGUUUGGCCACCCUUAUAUCUUUACAUGGGUGGACCUCUGCUUGGAAAGGGUGUUGCCCAAGGACGAUCUUAAAAAGAAACACAAAAUGAAAAUUGAAAAAUGAGCGUAUUCAUUUAUAGUGAUACAUAAAUUAUCCAGAAUAUUUUGAAGAUAGAAAUAAAAUGCAUGUUUUGAGACAAGAAUUACAUUAAACUGUUACUGGUUGGAAAAGUCAAAGACAUUAACAUUUCAAUGAGAUAUUUUUUGCAAACACCACAGACACGUUUAGCUGAUAGUUUGUUUCUUAAAAAAUGUAUUAAUUUAUACAUGUAUACAAUAACGAAUCAUCAGUUGCGUAUUAAAUUCAUAAGAACAUUUGAAAAACAAAUACAAAUAUUUGUAUGAGGUUAUUUUGUGAUUUUGAUUAUGUGCACGAAUGUAUAUAAUGAUCAUGUUCUUGUAGCUUUAUGUGUGACAGUGAUAACAGUGAAAUUCUGUAAAUAACUAAACGUUACAUUACACAAGCGAAUAAAAUAAUAUCACUACUAUACUAACAAUAAAUGUAUGUAAAGUA